UCGACGUAUUUUUUUGGCCAGGUUCAACCCACGUAAAAGAAAAUACGGAACCGGUACCUUAAUUCCGACUGAAUUUUCAAGGGUAAAGAAAAAUGAAAGAUGAGUUCAGCUUUGAGUGGUGUAGAAGCCUCGGCCAUUGGUCUCCUCAAGAGGGCAGUCGAGCAAGAUGGGAAAGGGAAAGCACAAGAAGCAUUAGUCUGCUAUAAAGAAGGAAUUAAACUUCUUAUGGAUGUUAUGAGAGAAACAACAGACCAGAUUAAGAAGCAGGCUUUUCGACAGAAGAUUGAGCAAUAUAUGGAGAGAGCAGAAAAGCUUAAAAAUCAUGUAGAUUCUCAGAUUGAAGCUGGCAAAUAUCAUCAACAGAUACAGAUCUCUAAUGAUUCGACUGGUCACAGUUAUCGUUCUAUGUUUACUCCUUACCUUGACGAGUUAGUUACAGAAGUUCAUAUUGAAGACCCUUAUAUUCGUAGUAAUCAUCAGAUUUACAACCUUCUUAGAUUCUGUGAACUUCUUGUCAUAUCUGUUGCACCUGUCAAAAGAAUUCAUCUGUUAACUGGCAGAGAUGAGAACCCUCAUCAGCAGCAGAAUAAGCUCAAUGAGUUACAAAGAAGCCUUGCUGACCAUGGUGUAGAAAUGAUAGUCUCAUAUUCAGACACAUUGCAUGAUAGACAAGUUAGGUUCAACAAUGGUUGGAUCAUCAAGAUUGGUCGAGGUUUAGAUUACUUCAAGAGGACUGGUCAGUAUAGCAUUGGAUUUUGUGAUAUGGAUCUGAGACGAUGUCAUGAAACUACAGUAGAUAUUUUCCAUAGCAAGCAUACAAAAGACAGAUGACAUAGGUAGUAUCUUAGUACACUGUAUCUUCCAUAGCAAGCAUACAAAAGACAAGUCAUCUUUAUUCAGUAAAUCUACCAAAGAAUUGAGGUGUGGAUGAACCAGUGUGCAAUUUAUUUCAAAUGAAAUUUGAAGAUCUAAUAACACAACUCAAUUAUGGUAUAUGAAAUUUGUGUUCUAUACUAUUUACACCUUGAAAUAAAGGGUACAUUGAAACACCUCAGUCAUGCAGUUAUAUGAUAUUGUAGCUGUGUAUUAAAACACGGUGUAAUGAAUUCUGAAAUUUGUAAGGACCAAAGCACUGUGUCUAUCUACAUAAAACAGUCACCUUAGCAGUAACUGAUUAUUUCAAGCAGCUAUAAAAUUAAGAACUUCACUACUGUUGCAUAAGAUCAUGCCACUUGACUCGAGCAGUCAAUAAUUUAAUAAAGAUUAGCAGUAGGCAGGUCCUAAGAGAGUGGCUUCUAGCCAAGAUAGAUCCCUCAAAUGUAACCACAACUCAUUCAAAUUAAACUGGAGACCAUUAUUAGUAGGACACGUUAAACUUUAACUUACCCUCAAAUAAUAAUGUACACAGUAUCACACAUGAAUGGGCACCUGGAGAUGUUCAGGAGCACACGGCAUGCUAGGUCCUCACGCUAGGCCUUGCAAACUGCGAUAGCCAUCGUGAAUGAAUUGACAGACAUAGGUGCUAUGUGCUGCACCAGUCUCUACGUGCACGCUCAUAUAAAUUGACUGAACUUUGUUACAAUAAUAUACAACUAUACCAGGCUUUGAGUAAUUGAAUUAUUAAAUUCAAUUAUUAUUAUUAAUCAUGGUCCAGUGGUUCGUUAGAAUCCCAGGCAUGUCAUGUUUUCCUUCAGCAAAGAAUUCAUCAACAUUAUGCUUCACUCAACUAAGAUGAGGUGAAUGGCUAACCUGUAGGAAUUAAUUAAUUUAUUACCACAAUCCACUUUGAAUGUGCAUCCACAACGAUGAGUAAUGUUUUUCCCAUGAAGGGACCUGCAUAAUCAAUGUGCAGUCAUGACCAAGUGCUACUUGGCCAACUCCAUGGGUGCAGGAGAUCUCUACUGAGGAAGAGUUUCAUUUGUUGGCAUUUUUCACAUUGUUUCACUGACCAACUCAAUGUCUGUGUCUUUUUGGGGACACCAAGCAUAGGCUCUUGCAUAUCUAUUCAUUUCAGCCUUUUUUGGAUGACUCUCAUGAAUCAUUUAAGAAUUGUUUUUUUUUUCUACUAACCAUUCCCAAAUGAAUUCAUUGCCCCUCGGGUCCAAGGCAGUAUAUUAACAAGGCAAGGUGGAGAUCCUUCUUGAAAUUAUUUGCUCGCUGGCUAAAGAAUAGAUUGUGAAUAGUCCUCCCAUUGCUUCUAAGGCUCAUCUUGAGAGCCUGGAUGUGGCAGAAACGGUGGGAGGUUUUAAUCCAACCAUCCUCUUUGCCAAUUAUUUUUUAUAUCAUAAGAAUUUCUACCAAUUACUCAGAAUUCAGACUUUGUAAAAUAUAUGUUCAACACAUGUUUAUUACACAAUUUUUUCAGCCUUUUAUACGCAAUAUUUUCAACAUGUACAUCACAAGACAUUUUCUUUCUGUCCAUAUAUUCAAUAACGAGGGCAUAGAGCCAGAGGGCAUUCUUCCUCAAAUUGCUGUGAUAAUGUGGAGACUUGGCUGCUAUCUUCUUUCCCUGAUGUGGUAUUUGUCCAACAGAUGAUUCACAAUUGACGUAAGACUGCGAACAGUUAUUACAGGCUUCUAUAUAAAUUCACAAGGUAUAUCAAUGUCAUUGAAGAUCUGCAAUGGCAGAAGAUUGCCUUGUAGCAUUCCAUCUAUGAUUCCCUUUAAGAUCUUCAUGGUCACCUUUUCUUCUCCUCUAGCUAUUCCUCUCUUUGAAACAAAAUAGCCUGUGUUAAAACAAAAAAAAUCAAAGAAACAUAAAAAUUGAAUUGAAAAUAAGAAAGUUAUGAGCAUUUGAAGUUUAGAUCAUUAUCAUAAUGUAACAUCACACAUCUUUGUCGCAUUGCCAAUGGGAGAUCUCCAUAGUAUUAGUGAUCGCAAUAUUCAAAUGCUUAUAACUUUCUCAUUAUUUGUCAGAUUUUUCUCAAACUUUCUUUGAUCUUACUCUUUGAUUUUUCUCUUUCCACACAAGCCCACUUGUUCCAAAGUUUUCAUUCCCCUUUAAGCUGCCAUCUGCAUAAUAGUUUUGUCAUUUCUGGCAUUUGAGGAGGGAAAGGUGAUAGAACAGCAAUCAUUUUCAUGUCUGUUUAGUUUUACUUUCCUAUAUUGCAUAUUCGGGUAGGAUCUAAUAAAUCACUGUUUAAAUAUGGAUUACAAUUACAACUGACUCUGCUUCAGCUUCCUCAUUUUAGUCCAAGACAUUGUUGUCAUGGCCUUGAGGUCCAGCAUCUCCUCUGCUGAUAGGUACAGACUGGCAGUCCGUUCUGCAUUCUGAGCUAUCUGUAGAGCCUCCUUGAUGUUGGUUACAGUUUUUCUCCGUUUUUGAAGAGUUUUGUCGCAGACAUCUGCUGUAGCUGUGUGGAUUACUUGCUUGACACAUAUUUUCUAAGUUAAAUUUGCUUUCUGAAACUGUAGUUCACUUACUUUGACUUUCAGUAUAGGUCUACAUGUAGGUAUGAUAUUUUGCAUAGUAAUACAUCAUAUUCUAGUCAUGGAAUGACUAAAUAGAAAGUCUACAGUUAAGGAAAUGAUCAUUGUUAGACCACAUCUUUUGUGGAUUUCUCUUUUGUCCUGCCAUGUUUUAGGCAUCUUUUAGACACAAGUUUCUAAUCCUGUCUAGGAUGAGCUGUUCUUGCUGGUCUUGCCACAAGAUCAUUUGCUUCAUGUCCAGCUUUGUCAUGUUGAUCUCCUCAAAACUCCACUGUAUUCUUUUCAGCAAAGAAUCAGCUCUUUCAUAUAUGACUGUUGGAAUUCCAGAUUUCUUUUCAAUUAAAGAAAAAAUCCAUAUUUGAUAAUAAUGAGUUUAAGGCUAUACUAAGAUGUCCUUUCUCUCAGUUCUUUCACCUUGACCCACAAGAUUAUUGAUAGACCCAUGUCAUAUUUAUCUGUCAGACACAAGUUUUCAAUCCUGUCAAGGGGGAGCUGUUCUUGCUGGUCUUGCCACAAGAUCAUUUGUUUCAUGUCCAGCUUUGUCAUGUUGAUCUCCUCAAAACUCCGCUGUAUUCUUUUCAGCAAAGAAUCAGCUCUUUCAUAUACAUGUAUCACUGUUGGAAUUCCAGAUUUCUGUUCAAUUAAAGAAAAAUUCAAAAAAUCUUAUAUUUGAUAAUAAUGAGUUUAAGGCUAUACUAAGAUGUCCUUUCUCUCAGUUCCUUCACCUUGCCCCACAAGAUUAUUGACAGUCCCAUGUCAUAUUUAUCUGUCAGACCCAACUUUCCAAUCCUGUCUAGGAGGAGCUGUUCUUGCUGGUCUUGCCACAAGAUCAUUUGUUUCAUGUCCAGCUUUGUCAUGUUGAUCUCCUCAAAACUCCGCUGUAUUCUUUUCAGCAAAGAAUCAGCUCUUUCAUAUACAUGUAUCACUGUUGGAAUUCCAGAUUUCUGUUCAAUUAAAGAAAAAUUCAAAAAAUCUUAUAUUUGAUAAUAAUGAGUUUAAGGCUAUACUAAGAUGUCCUUUCUCUCAGUUCCUUCACCUUGCCCCACAAGAUUAUUGACAGUCCCAUGUCAUAUUUAUCUGUCAGACCCAACUUUCCAAUCCUGUCUAGGAGGAGCUGUUCUUGCUGGUCUUGCCACAAGAUCAUUUGUUUCAUGUCCAGCUUUGUCUUGUUGAUCUCCUCAAAACUCCGCUGUAUUCUUUUCAGCAAAGAAUCAGCUCUUUCAUAUACAUGUAUCACUGUUGGAAUUCCAGAUUUCUGUUCAAUUAAAGAAAAAUUCAAAAUCUUAUAUUUGAUAAUGAUGAGUUUUAGGCUAUACUAAAAUGUCCUUUCUCUCAGUUCCUUCACCUUGCCCCACAAGAUUAUUGACAGACCCAUGUCAUAUUUAUCUGUCAGACACAAGUUUCCAAUCCUGUCUAGGAGGAGCUGUUCUUGCUGGUCUUGCCACAAGAUCAUUUGUUUUAUGUCCAGCUUUGUCAUGUUGAUCUCCUCAAAACUCCGCUGUAUUCUUUUCAGCAAACAAUCCGCUCUUUCCAGGUUUCUGUUC